AUGAAUGACAUUAUUGAACAUUUCAACUCUUCUGCUAAGGCCAAAGUGGAGGAUAUCAUAUGUGGAAAUCAAUGGCAGUGCCCUGUGACUCAGUUUAGUGGUUAUAAGGAGAUCCUAACUUCAAUGCUAGACUAUAAUCCUAAUCCUCGGACACCAGAUCAAGUAAAGUGGAGUGCCUCUGCCAAUGGUCACUACACAACCAAAUCAGAUUGGAGCAGUAUCUCUACCCCUUCCUCAAAGGUGUGCCGGAGUAAACUCGUCUGGUUUGGUAAGGCUAUUCCCAAAAAUGAGUUUUAUUUUGUGGCUUGCUGUUCUGGAGAGAUUGAACACAAAGGGUAG